AUGUCCCAAUCCAACUCCAUUGUCCAGUUACCCGAAGGUCGAGAGACUAUCGUGGUCAAGGUCAUCAACCCCGUGAACUUUGGCCCGGCGAUCCUGGAGCGAUUCAUGGCGCCUCCGGUUCCUGGCCUCGAAACGUUCAAAGACUCACCCUCUUUUUCAUUCCUCUUAGAGCACCCUUCGGGACGAAAGUUGGUGUUUGACUUGGGCAUUCGCAAGGAUUACAGCAACUACGCGCCUUCAAUCGUGGAAUACUUGCCGACGACCAACUACGAUAUCCAAGUUACCAAGAAUGUGGCUGAUAUUCUCGCCGAGAAUGGAAUACCUGCCAAGGACAUCGAGGCAGUCAUAUGGAGGCAACUAACGCGCCUGGGUAGUCACUGGCAUUGGGACCAUAUCGGAGAUCCCUCCACAUUUCCUGCAUCUACCGACCUAGUGGUUGGCCCCGGAUUUAAGGACGCCAUGCUUCCCGGGGCCCCGACAAACCCCAGAUCUCCAAUAAAGGAGGCCGACUACGCAGACCGAAACCUUCGUGAGAUUACCUUUGAAGGUCUGGGUACAAGCCAGAUCGGUCAGUUCCGCGCCUUCGACUACUUCGGCGACGGUUCGUUCUACCUUCUGGAUAGCCCCGGCCACGCCUUGGGACAUCUAUGCGGCCUUGCACGAACCACAAAGGGCCCGGGACCAGACACGUUUGUCCUUCUUGGAGGAGACGUCUGCCACUAUGCCGGCAUCCUGAGGCCGUCCAAGCACCUCCCUGUGCCGGACUGCAUCACACCCCACCCAUGCCAUCACCCCAACAGCGGAAUCUCCCUAUGCCCAGGUGGAGCGUGGGAGGAACUCCAGAGAUCUCGUGGUAGGGAAUCCACGGAUACUCUCUACGACAUCACAUUUGGACACGAUAUUCCGCUGGCCACGAAGACAGUGGGUCAUCUCCAGGAGUUUGACUGCAAUGAGAAUGUGUUCGUGAUUAUUGCGCACGACUCUACUGUGAGGGAUGGAGUGCCGCAUUUCCCCGAGAGCAUAAAUGACUGGAAGGAGAAGGGAUUUGGCAAGGGGCUGAAGUGGGCGUUCUUUCGAGACCUGAAGAACUACUGGACCUCGAAGGGACUAAACUAG